AUGGAGUACUCCAAAGAACAUGAGGCACCUUUUUCCUCUCCUUCUCUACCCUCAAACAAGUGGUGGUCCAAGGAUACUGUGGCUAUUGUGACAGGAGCAAACAAGGGGAUUGGGUUUGCCAUGGUGAAGAGAUUGGCACAACUGGGAUUGACUGUGAUUUUAACUGCUAGAGACAUAGAGAAAGGGCACAAGGCAAUCGAGGAACUGAGAAACCAAGGGCUUGAUGAUGUACACUUCUUUCGCCUUGAUGUCUCAGAACCUGCUUCGAUCAACACUUUUGUAUCAUGGUUUGCAAGAAUUUUCGGAGCAUUGGAUAUUCUAGUGAACAAUGCCGCUGUGUCAUUCAAUGAAAUCGAUGAGAAUUCAGUGGAGCAUGCAGAGACAGUGAUCAAAACCAAUUUCUAUGGAGCCAAGUUACUGACUGAGGCUCUAUUGCCCAUGUUUCGUCUCUCACAUUCAAAAAGCCGGAUUCUCAAUAUUAGCUCAAGACUUGGCUCCCUAAAUAAGCUGAAAAACCCUAAUAUAAAAAACAUACUACAAAGUGAAAAUUUGUCAGAGAAGCAUAUUGAGGCUAUGGUAAGUUUGUUUCUUCAAAAUGUGAAGAAUGGAACAUGGGAAAGACAAGGGUGGCCAGAAUUAUGGACUGACUAUGCGGUAUCAAAGCUUGCACUAAAUGCAUACACAAGGGUUUUGGCAAAGCGCUACAUGGGAAGAGGUAUAAGUCUGAAUUGCUUUUGUCCUGGCUUCACUCAGACAUCAAUGACUCGCGGUAAAGGCACACACACUGCCGAUGAUGCUGCUGAUAUUGGAGCUAGGCUAGCCUUGCUUCCACCUGAGGAAUUACCGAGUGGAAGAUUUUACUUGAGUGGUACAAGUAUUGUUAAUUCUAAGUUAUAG